CAUGCACCUGUACCUAGUGCUGAUCUCCUGUCUGGUGAGCUCAACGCACUGCUGGCAGUUCGAUGGCGGAGGUCAGCGAUGGUCGAGGAGUACGGCCAGGGUCCUGGCACGGGGACCACCGCCGCCAAUGCCGCCAGGAGGCGGCGGAGGCCGAGGAUCGGCGGCAUUGUUGGGCUCCCAGCAGCAGGACAUACUCUAUGCCUGUCCACUCAACUCGAUGUGCCAGUGCGCCGGGCUGCCCAACGAGACCAGCACCCUGAUUGAGAUUAAUUGCAACGAGGUGGCACUGUACAAGUUUCCAGAGUUCAUGCACAGCAGCGUGCGGUAUAUCGAAAUGUCCAACACACAUCUGCAGAGUGUCGACGAUGAGACAUUCCAGGGACUGCGCCUCAAGACACUGAAGCUAAUCGACAACGAGCUGCAGGACAUAUCCGAGCGGAGUUUCAGCACGAUGACACAUUCGCUGAUGACAUUGGAUAUCUCAGGAAACAAGAUGCAACAAUUACCCCUGGAGGCACUUCAGCGAUUGCACUCACUCACGCGACUAGUGGCGCAACGCAACCACAUCACCACCUUGGAUGGCAAUUGGGAGGCCCAGCAUGACACACUUCGGUCUCUGCAUCUGGCGGACAACGAUAUCACCGAAGUGUCCCCGAAUGGCGGUUCAUUGGAGCUCAGCGCCCCCAAUGACAACAGCUCGCAGCCCUCGAGCUUGGCUGCCGUGCAGACCAGCCAGGAGGCGGGCAAUUCGCUGUAUCAGCCCUCGCCCAGUUCCGGGGAUCGAUCGGCCCUGGGUCGGCCCUUUGAGCAGCUGCAGAAGCUGCUGUGGCUGGACCUGUCCAACAACAGGAUCUACCACGUGUCGGGGAACUAUCUGCCGCGAUCGCUGGUGACGAUGGACUUGUCCAGCAACCUGCUGACCAUCUUCCCUCAGCAGCUCUUUGAGCAGUUGCCGGGCCUGAGGAUCGUGAGUCUGAGAGAUAAUCUCGUGAAGAGUGUGCAGUGGAAGGAGCUGCAAGUGCGGCCGCUGCGCAUGCACUUGGAGCGCCUGGACCUGGGACAGAACUGCAUCGAGAGCCUCGAGUCGGACUACUUCCAGCAGAACUACUCGGAUGUGCAUUUGAGAGCGCUCAAUCUGGAGCAGAACUUCGUGACUCAGCUGCCGGCGGCAGUGUUCAAGGCCACGGGGAUUGCCCAUCUGGUGCUGGCCUUCAAUGCGAUCAGCCGAGUGCACCCGGCUGCCUUUGAGGGCCUGACUGAUACCCUGGAAUACCUGGACCUGGAGCGCAACAGACUGACCACCGUGCCCGUGGCCAUAUCCUCGCUGCAUCGCCUCAAGUACCUCUAUCUGACGUCCAACGAGAUCAGUCAGCUGGUCAACCUGCCCUCCUACACCGACAAUCUGCGAGUCCUCAGCCUGAGUGGCAACAACUUCAGCAUGAUACCCAUUCUGGGGCUGAAGAACUACACACAGCUCUCGUAUCUGAACAUGGGCUACAACUCGAUCACGGACAUACCCGAGGGCAUAUUUGCCGUCGAUUCGUGGGGCAGUAAUCUGCAGACGAUACUGCUGCGCAACAACAAGAUCACGCAUCUGCAUCUGGGUUCGUUUGCGGGUCUCGAUCAGAUCCAGGAGAUCAGCUUGAGCUUCAACGACAUCACCAUCCAUCAUCCGCUGGUCUUUGAGAAUGUCUCGAGAUCGUUGAAGAUACUGGAGCUCUCGUUCGCCGUCUUCCCGGCCAGAAGUCUGGAGAGUCUCGAUCCGCUGGACGCUUUGUUGCCGCUGUCGCAGCUCAUUUGGCUGGGACUGGACAACAACAAUCUGAAGAGCAUCUCGAACGAGUCCUUUGCCCAAAUGCGGGAGCUGAGCUACAUAAAUCUGAGCUUCAAUCAGCUGAAGGCCCUGCCCCGCGGUCUCUUCAUGCCCGAUGUCCACAGCCAUCUGGUGGAGAUAGAGCUGUCCUACAAUGGCCUGGAGCACCUGGAGUCGCAGACCUUUCACAAUCUGGGGGAUCUGCAGACGCUGAACCUCCAGUCGAAUCGUCUGAGGACCAUUGCGCGUCACGCCUUCCACAAUCUGGAGUUCCUACGCUACAUAGAUCUGUCCCACAAUCGGCUGGUCAACAUAUCGCACGCGGCCUUCACAGUCCUGCCGAAUCUGGCCGCCCUGGAUCUGAUGCACAAUCAGCUGUGUUCCUUGUCGCUGAAGUCCUUCCACUACGUGUCGAAUGCGACGACUCCGCUGCGCCUCAAUAUGAGCCACAACCACAUCUCCAGCUUCGACGAUGAGCUUAGCAGCUACAUGUACAUCUACCAGCUGGACAUCAGCCACAAUCACGUGGCCAAGUCGGAUAGUUUCAUGAACCUGGCCAAUACCCUGAGGUUCCUCAAUUUGGCCCACAAUUCGUUGGGCGCUUUGCAGAGCCAUGCGUUUGGUGAUCUGGAAUUCCUGGAGAUCCUCAAUCUCGCCUACAACAACCUCACCUCCUUGAGGCGCCGCAGCUUUCAGGGCCUGAACAGCCUGCAGGAACUGGACCUCAGCCACAAUCAGUUGGACCAGCUGCAGGUGGAACAGUUCUCGAAUCUGAGGAAACUGAGGAUCCUCAAGAUCAGCUCCAACCGCUUGCGAGCUCUGCCCCGCGAGGUGUUCAUGAACACGCGCCUGGAGUUCCUCGACAUAGCCGACAAUCAGUUGAGCGUGUGGCCCGUGCCGGCCUUCACGGACAUUGGCUUCACCCUCAGGUCCAUCCAGAUGUCCCGCAACAAUCUGGAGUACCUGGAUGCCUCGAUGUUUAUCAACUCGCAGUUCCUCUACGACAUCAGCCUGGCCCGGAAUCGCAUCACCAUCCUGCCGGACAACACCUUCAGUUUCCUGAACAAUCUCACCAACCUGGAUCUGUCGCAGAACCCGCUGGUCACGACCAAUCUGCGCGAGGUGUUCGUGCACACGCCGCGCCUCCGAAAGCUGAGUCUCCAUCACAUGGGACUGUAUGUCCUGCCGCCGCUGAAGAUGCCGCUGCUCUCGUACCUGGACGUGAGUGGCAACUACUUGCAGGAGCUGUCGCCGCUGGGCUCGAUGCGGCACCUGCGACACGUCAAUGUGUCCCACAACAAGCUCAUCAAUGCCAGCUGUGCCGUCGAGCAUCUGCCGCCCUCGGUGAGGGUCCUCGACCUCGCCCACAAUCCCCUGCGACGCAUUACCCUGCACGAUCUGGUGAGCCUGCGGCAUCUGUCCGAGCUGAACAUCCUCGACGUGAAGGUGUCCAAUCCGCAGGCCUUCUCCAAGCUGCGUUCGCUGCGCAAACUCCAUGCCAGCUCCCAUGCGAAUCUGGGCGAUAUUGUGGCCAGAAUACCGGGACUCCAGCAGCUGAGAGUGCACUGCCUGGAGCCGAACAUUGGGGCGCAGUUCUUCGCCAAAUUGGCCAACAACACGAAACUGCGACUCGUCGAGCUGUACGGCAUCAAUGUGCAGACCAUAUCGCCCGAUGUCUUCACGGGCCUCGCCCGCAAUCAGCGGCUGCAAGUGAAGAUAUCCCACACCCGAAUCUCCGACCUGCCGCCGGGGAUUUUCUACACGCUCCGGGAGGUGCCGCAUCUCUCCAUCGACAUAUCACACAAUCGCAUCAAUGCUCUGGCCGCCGAUAGUUUCUAUCCGAACAAGAGCUACUGGGAUGCCGUGGGCACUCGCAGCAUUAUGGGUGGCCUCAUCACCUCGCACAAUCCGCUGGAGUGCGAGUGCGGACUGGUGUGGUUCGGCCACUGGCUGCGACGAUGGCUGCGGGAGUCGGCCCAGAUCAAGGUCAUACAAAAGGAUGACCUGAAGCGCAUGGUUCAGUUACCCCUAUCGAUUGCCGAUAUGCGCCGCGCCCGUGCCAACACCUGCCACGAUCCUACGUCGGGUCGUCAUCUGCCCAUCCUGGAGAUCUUUCCCGAGGAUCUGCUGUGCCAGGCGAGUGCUCUGAGCAGCUCCGGCCAGCGGCUGUUCCUGCUGUCCUUCGCCAUGGCCCUGCUGCUGCCCAUCAUGACGACGAUGACCCUUUGAUGUUGGCUCUAGUUGCCGGCCAAGUAAGUUGUGUGUGAAGGUGGAGGACUCAACUGAAGUAACUCAACUAACAAUUGAUUGUAUGAUAUGUAGAUACUAAAUAUAUAUACUAUAUAUAUAUAAAACACUAACUCUAAUCGGUAGCUACGAAUUUCUGGGAUUUAGCUAAUGGUGAGAGGGCCCGCGUAACAAUAAAUAUACUAAACAAUUGAAUGACAAGCAAAUCGGUUUAUGUCCACUCGUAAUUGAUAAGUUUUAUAUUCAAUAAAGUCAUAUAUAUAUACAUACAAUAUACAUACAUAUAAACAGAUAAUUAGUGGGACAAGUCAUGUGCCGGGCAGGGACUUCGAUUUCAAUUUUCCUUCAUCUUUUCACGAUAAACUCAACUCAUUGAGAUGCUCAUUAAAAACCAUUUCUUCCGCUCAAAGACUUCCAAGCACAACAAUACUCCCGAAUAAAGUUGUCGAAACUUUUUGUUAAUUAUCCAAAAAUUAUUAUCCUCCCGCGAGGUUCUCCGCCCAGUGCAUGACGACUGUGUCUUGGCCAACAUAAAUGGUAAUUAAUGCAAUUGAUUACACAGAUAAAUACACACACACACACACACACCAGCGAACAUAUGAUGAUUCCUACACACACACAAACACACAAACACUUAGAGAAUAGUUAAUCAACACUUUAGAUCCGAACUAGAGCCAUAAGUUGUUAAUAAUAGUUUAAACAACUAUUUUUAAAGGAGCAAAACGGAAAAACAAAACGAAUUCUAGUUACAAAUAUUUGCAUAUAAUUUACAAUUU